AUGGUCCCAUGUGGUACGACCCGGGCACAAUGGGAGGAUGUAACUGGAUCGACGCCGCUCACGUUCGUGAACGAUUGCGUAUCGUUCACGACCACCGUAUCGGCACGGUUCUGGCUGAUGGACUGUCGCAACAUAGCCGAUGCAACCAAGAUGGCAACCGAGCUGUACAAAGAAGCCAUACACGUACCGUUUAUGGCCAAGUUUGUCGUGUUCGCCAAGCGUACCGAUCCGCUAGAGGCGCGUCUCCGCGUCUUCUGCAUGACAGACGAUCGUGAGGACAAGACGCUCGAGCACCAGGAACAUUUUACCGAGGUGGCCAAGAGCCGCGACGUGGAGGUGCUGGAGGACAAGCCGCAGUACAUCGAGCUGGCCGGCAACCUCGUGCCGGUGACCAAGUCGGGCGAGCAGCUCGCCCUCCCGUUCAAGGCGUUCCGCGAGAACCGGCUGCCGUUCGCCGUGCGCGUCAAGGACCAGCACGCGGACAUCGUCGGCCGGACGCUGUUUAUGCGCGAGCCCAAGAUUGCCAAGGGUGAGCCGCCGCAGCAGCCGAUCUGCAUACUGAACAUCGUGCUGCCGGAAACGAUCAUACCGGAGCAGACGACCACGAUAACGGACUCGCACGAAAUUAUGCUACGCGUCGGGCGGGUGCGUGCCGUCGUACCACCGCGCCAGCUCGUCGACGACCAGAACUAUCUGGGCGAGCUGCGCAUCGUCGACAUUUCCAACCUGCUCGGCGAGGACUGGAUCCGGCUCGCGCCAGAAAUCGGCGUGAGCGAGACGGACGUGGAGAAUAUUGUCGCGCAGAUACCGGCCAGCACGGCCCAGCAGGCGCAGGCCAUGCUGAAGCAGUUCCAGUCGAAACCGAACAAUGACUUUAACAUACUCGAGAACGGGCUGCGCACCAUCCACCGGGACGAUAUUGUGGAGCGGUGCAUACGCAGUGCGACCACCACCGGCACCACCACCACCGUUACGAUGCGCAACAAGACCUCCUUCUCGAUCGGCAAGCGCAGUGUCGAGGCGGUGGAGCUGCUCUCCGAAACGGAUUCCAUUGCAAAGAUGGCACAAAAAGAAGAUCGCCUCUCGAAACAGGAAUCUACGAAGUAUUCGGCAGAGGAGAAAACCGUCGAAGAGUCGGAAGAAUCGGAGGAGGAGAUGGUGAAGAAAACGGUGGCGGAGCGGCGGAAGCAGAUCGAGAAGCGCCUGUCAGCGGACCGUUCCAUACCGGCCUCGACGCAGAAGCGCGAGAUCGUGGAGGAGAUCAUCACCAUCAAGCGGCAGAGCGUUAUCGACGAUACGCGCGCCAAGCACGAGGAAGAGAUACUGCUCCAGAAACCAAUCGACAACACGUACAAGUCGUCCACCAUGCCCGAGCCGGUGGUGAAGCUAAAAACGACCGUCGUCAAGGAUGGACCGGGCGUGCGGAAGGACGAGUUCGAACAGGAGCUGCAGGACAAGUUUAAGGUGACGCUGAAGAACGUGGAAGAGUUCGAGCACCGGUCGGAGGUGCUGGAGCAGCUGGCCACGGAAGCGACCUCGGUCUCCGCAUCGUCGCCGCGCGUGGUCGAGGAGAUCAAGAAGAAGGUGGAGGAGCGUGUCCCAGCCGCGCUGGACGAGCCGACGGAGCCAGCGGAGCAGCAGCUGGUCGAAAGUGCCGUGCCGCCGGUGCCGAAAGAGCGUGCCCCGGUCCCGGCAAAGCGCACCAGUCUCACCAAGGAACCGGAAGAGUUCCAGGGCGUCGUGGAGGAAUCGAUCAAGGACGUGAAGCAACGCAUCAGCUCGUUCGAGACGAAGUCCAAGACGGAAUCGCUUGUGGACAGCAAGCAGUCGUCGGUGGACACUACCAGCGGGCGUGACUCGUGGAGCGACGAUCAUCGGCAGGCGAGCAAGCGCACCGACUCGGAGCAAAUCUCGGAGGACUCCGAGCAGGAACCGUUGCUCCGCAGGGACGAGCAUUCCAGCGUCCAGCGCACAGUUGGCGAAUCGUCCGUGGUAACGACAACGCAACAGGCGUUCACCACCGUCGAACAGCUGGAACGGCACGAUGUGUCGCAUGCCGUCGAGGAGAAGAGGGAAAGUUUGCUGGAAGCUUUCGGCGCUGCCGACGCCGGUCCGGCACAGUGGAAGGAGCCGGACUCGGAACCGUCAUCGCUUUCGGAGGCCACCGGCAGCAGCACCUCCAGGCGGGAGGAAAGCAUCUCCCAGCACUUCAAGUCGGAAACGGUCAGCAAGGUGGAGGAAACGGUCACCAAGAUGUCCACCACGGUGGAAACGAAAACGGUGGCCGGCCUGCCCGGAGGACUUGACGCAUUCACCCUCGGCAAGGGCGAUGAGACGAUCGUGCGCGAAGAGUUUGUGGCGCGCAGUGCCGAGAGCAGCAGCAUCGUCGACCGCACGGUGGAGUCGGUGGUGCGCGAGGUGCGCGACCAGGAGCCGGCCGUCGAGAAGCGGGACAUGCACCGCGAGGUGCAGGAAACGGCCGACAAGAUGGCCGCCCUGAGCAGCGUAGAAACGGUACAGAUCGGCGAGGGGACCGCCCCGCAAGUGUCCACCGCCGCGGCGUACACCGUCGAGCGGUUCGAGGGGCUGCAGUCGGAGGUGGUCAGCCAGGAUGCGGCCGGUAUGGUGGCGGAGCGAACUGGUACAGCCGUGAGCAGCGUCGAAACCGGCGUUAGCCAGGGCGAGGACACGGUCAGCGAGAAGAUUGUCGAGCGGGAGGAAGAGGUGCGCCGCCGGGUCGAGGAGAACGUGUCGAUCGACAAGCCGGUGGUGCAGGAGACGGUGGCGCGCACGGUUACGCAGGAAGUUACCUCCAAAAUUCCGGUGCCGUCGAAGAAAAGCUCACCGGAAGCAAAGGACCAACCGCCCAUGCCGGCCGCCCAGCCAACGGACGGUGAACCGUCGGCUGUGGAUCGGAUGGAAGCCGCAGACCAACCGAAACAGACAAUCGAGCAGCAACAGGCAGAGCUGUCGUCCCGGGCGGAGGAGAUGAUCGAGACGGUGGUUGAGCAUGCGGAGUCGGUCGCUUCCAGGAUUCCACGCUUCGGCACGACCAAGCCGGCCGCCCCGAAGCCGGAAGCAGUGGUGGCGGCAAAGUCGCCCGAACCGGACACCUCCAGCCUGUCGAAGAUUCCGGUCCUGAAGGAUCGCAAAGUGUCGGAGCAGUUUUCGAGCGAUUCGUGCGAAACCGUCAUCGUGCAACGGUCGGUCGAGGAGCUGCAGCCGCACGCGGAACAGGUGACGGCCAGCGAGACGGUGCCGGACCGCGAGUACGAUGAGGAGAUCAUGUCUGCCACCGCGUACGGCAGCGAGCGCACCGUGACGGAAAUCAUUACCGAGGACCAUCGCGCUGUCACGCCGGACGAUUUCAUCGACGAGAUCAUCGACGAGGCGCAGGACAAGGUGCAGCGGCAGCUGCAGUCGGCCGAGGUUACCGUCGGCACGCUCGACCUAAGCCACUCGGAAGAAGAAUCGUUCGACAAGUCCGCCUACCCGAUGCAGGAGUACAUCUCGAGGCCGGGAGGCGGCAGCGGUUUCGAUGCUAAUGCUACCAUCGACGACGACGACGAAGACGAGGAAGCGGAGCGGGAGCGGGAGAAAUGGAAAGAGGAUGCAAACUCUUCCGUGCCCGAUGACAUGUCGACGACCGAUUUCGAAGCAUUCCGCGAGUACCACUGGUUGGAUACGCCGGAUGCGGCCGGUCCGGCCGGGCAGCGGUACGGGCUGGCCAGAACGUCCACACCGAUCCGUGACGCAACGGUGGCCGCCGGCGUGACGCUCGCGUCACUGGAGGAUUUGGAUACGCUCAGUCCACUGUCGGCGGGUGAGGCGAGUGAUGGGCGAAAGUUGGCGCUUCCGGAGGAGGCAGGAAGUGGCACAGGCGAUGUGGGUGGUACCAUCGACGCAUCGGCGAGCGCUGUCAGAUCGUCGCGCAAGCACUUUAACCUUGACCUGGACAUGGACGUAACCUCGACCAAGACGACGACGACCGCGACUUCGACGACUACGGCGACCAAGGCACGCAAGACGACGACGUUCGAGAAGAGCUUCAAGCCGGAAAGCCACUCGAACCGCGGCACUUCACCCAUGGACGAGGUGGUGGAGUCGCCCGACAGCGUGCACAGUGCGCGGUUCGGGCGCGGCGAGUCGCCCGCGAUCAGGCUCGUGAUAGGACGGAAGGAGAUCAAAACGUCCGACACGUCGGCGAUAACCGAAAGCCGCCUGACGGUGUACGGCCACAAGGAUGUGGAGAUAUCGAUCAGUUCCCAAUCGACGAUCAGUCUGACAACGACGCACACUUCCAAAGAUGGUCGCGACAAGACGACGGAAGUAAGUUCAAGCGGCGGCGAGGUAAAGGAGGUAAGCAGCGGCAAGCGGUACAAACAGUUCAAGCUGGUGGACGAUCCCGACUCGGAGCAAACCGAGCGUAAGCGGGACGAGGCAGUAUCGUUUUCGAAGAAGAAGAGCGUGUACCUGUUCGGAAGCUUCGAUUCCAGCAGUGGAUCGCCCAUCACCGAGACGAGCGUCUCGCAGCAUGUGACGGAUACGGGCAUAUCGCUCACGAGAGGUUUCACUGAAACCAUGACCUCGCCCGGUGUCAUAUCGUCCUCCGUCGAGGAGAAGAACAAGAAGGUAAGCAUCAUUACCGAUACGGCUGUUGAUGUGGAAAUUGAGGAACUGGAACUUACCGAUGCUGGCCUGAGCCCUAUUCUUCCGGAUGAGGCGGAUGUAACUGCGGAUUUCCAGUUGGCCGAGGAAGAUGUGCACUUUGCGCACACGGGCACGAGUCCGAUGGACUUCGAAGAACAUUCGGUAUCGGCAGCGCUGGACACUUCCGAAGCGGCCACGCUAACCGAUCGCGUAGAGACAAAGGAUGCGUCAAACAGCCCGCUGGAUGUGCAUAUCACUUCCAUCCUCAAGCGCGACGUCAGCAAGCUGACCGACGAAGAGUUGCUGACGGGUCGCCGAGGAUCGGGCGACGUGAAGGCAAAAAUAAAAAUGCUGGAGCAAAGCUCCAAAGCACAUAGUGCACAAAGCUCACCCAAGAAGAAGGUUGAGUUUGAAGAACAUCAACUGAAGCACGACAGACAGGACUCGCCGAAACGGCAGAAGGCAUCGGGUAAAAUAACGGAGCUGCGCAAGAUAUUUGGCGAAGAGGAAGAACCGGUCGAGUCGAAUGUUAUGUCGGAGUCAAUUCCGCCUAUUCAGGAGGUGUCUGAGGUUGUUGAAAAGGAACUGACCGAAGAUACCGAGCUGGUCGAGGCAAAGGUUAUCGAGACCGUAGUCGAGAAGGUUGAGGCCAAGCCAGAUGACAAGCCAGAACAAAACGAACAGCCAGAGCCAUCGGAGCCUGUGUCUGAGGUUGUUGAAAAGGAACUGACCGAAGAUACCGAGCUGGUCGAGGCAAAGGUUAUCGAGACCGUAGUCGAGAAGGUUGAGGCAAAGGUUAUCGAGACCUUAGUCGAGAAGGUUGAGGCCAAGGUUAUCGAGACCGUAGUCGAGAAGGUUGAGGCCAAGCCAGAUGAUAAGCCAGAACAAGACGAACAGCCAGAGCCAUCGGAGCCUGUGUCUGAGGUUGUUGAAAAGGAACUGACCGAAGAUACCGAGCUGGUCGAGGCAAAGGUUAUCGAGACCGUAGUCGAGAAGGUUGAGGCCAAGGUUAUCGAGACCGUAGUCGAGAAGGUUGAGGCCAAGCCAGAUGACAAGCCAGAACAAGACGAACAGCCAGAGCCAUCAGAGCCUGUGUCUGAGGUUGUUGAAAAGGAAGAAAAGACAGGUGACAAGCGAAAACAAGACCUGCACUCGAAGUUCCUACCUGAAGUUGUUGAAGAUAUAUCAUCUGACAAGGAUUCUUCUGUCGUUGGUGAUAGAGGCAUAUUUUCAUAUUUACUAAGUCCCGAUAGGCUUGAAAUUUCCGAUGGUUCUGGAUCGUCCGAAAAGGGCGAUGAUAAGUUUUUACUUCGUCGGGAUGAAUUAAGCGUGUUUGAUACCAGGAAAAGUUCCCUCUCUGCAGUCGAAGUUUCCACUUUAGACGAUGACUCACCUUUACUGACAGAUUUUACAACUUCCUCUAUUACGUACGUAAGCGAUAGGAUUGAUUCUUCUUCGUUAGAUUUGAUGGUUGGUGAACAAUCAAUGAACUAUUUGAAAAUUGGUAGUAGCAUGGCACCACCUGACGAAAAACGGCAUGAUAUUCAAUCUCCUGGAUCGUGCAUGUCCUUUACGACCACUACCAGUGAAAACAUCGAGUCAAUUUCUCAUGACGUCGAAAGCCGUAGCAACUUCGGUGGUACUCUGCAACCUGACAUACCCACGGAGUAUGAGCGAUCCGUUUCGCUCAGUGAUAAUGCGGCAUCUGAUUACUCGAACGAGUCGGCUACCAAAUACAACUUGCCUUACGAUACCGAAUCCGACGGCCAUGAUGCUGGCGCACACAAGGCCAGACUACGGGGAAUCAAAUCUCAGGAAGGCAUCGCCGAGCCGAAACAAGUCAAAUCAGCAAAGCUCAUUGCCGUUGACCAGCGUCACGGUUCAGCCUCACCACAAAGUGAUAUUACUGAAUAUACCGAAAGUGUAUCGUAUGUCGAUUCAAUUAUAGACAGUACAAACUACGAAAGCGCCUUAAAGCAGAAAGAAACAAAGCAAGAAUUGCGAAGCAAGGAGACAUCGAAAGACAGCUGCGAGGCGGACGUGAAACCCAGUACGGUGGCAGCUGAUCGCGAGACAAAAGCAUCAAAACUUGACACGACAGCAAAACCUUCCAGUGAAUCGGUAGAAUCUGCUCAUCCAAAAAGACGAUCCAAAUCGAAGACUACUGUUACGAAAGUAAAUUUACAUAAGCAAGCGCCGAUCGACAUUUCGAAGCGUUCCACUAAAACCGUUGACAUUCGUAUGGGAGCAGCAGAGUCUACCGUAACAGUGAGCAAAUCGGCGACCACAUCCAGUCGCAUCUCGACGACAGCGACGCGAACGCACGGUUACAUGCAGUCGACACUGUCUCGCGAUCAGAAGGUCCUACGACCAUUGACUUUAACCGAUUCGCCCCAUUCUUCGCCCUCGAAAACAUCGCACCGCGCUGGCACUGCUUCAAUCACUUCGACACACACGACUUAUUCUCCGGCACAUUCUGCAGAACGGAAGGCCACUAAACCUUCUAAGCCAGGUAGUGCCGCUACACCCGGUGUGCCCGAAGGUGCGACUGGCAGCACCAAGCACGGUGUUUCGAGUACAGGUGCGCGCAAAAUCGAGGUUAAAGAAAGCAAAUUUACGACGAAAUCGGCCACUGGUCGAUCGUCGUCAACUGUCGUCACGACAUCCAGCACUGUAUCCACCUCUAGCACGUCCAGCCAGAGCAGAUUGUCGCGUUCCUCAGUCACUAGCUCAGCCAGAAAAGCCUCCACUAAAUCGGACUUCAAAGAGCAGCCCGUGGUGAAGAAGGCGGACAAAGAGCAGGCAAAUCUGGUCACGAAAUCCACCCUGCCGGCUGCCGUUAAGACAAGCAAGGAUCGGGUUAACAAAAGCCUGAUACCCGUAAAGGUGCAGUCGAGCAAGCGGGAUGCAACUCCUUCGCCGACUAAAACCGCCAGCAAGUCCAAACCGAAGUCGGCCCCGGGCCCAAAGCCCAAAGGCGAGCCGCGAAUGUCCAAACCGAUAGCCGGCUCCGAAAGGACGGCUACGAAAAAGGAACACUCUGUCCAGCUGAUCACGAAAUCCAUCCCGAAGGUGACCAGCACGGUGCACCGUAAGGAAAGCGCGAAACAAAUCAUCGACGACGUGUAUCGGUGCAAGUCCGCGAUGCACUACUCGUACAAAGAUGCCGUCACGUUCGAUCAUGCUGAGGUACCGUCGUCGCUUCCCUCCAGCCCGAGCCGCUUGAACAAAAGUUCCUCGAACAGUACAAACGUCCUCACUAGUGAAGUGUUUACCCGCACGAUCGAUUCGUCCAAAUCGAUCGAGGUGAUCUACAAGCAACCGUCCACAUCGCACGAGCUGUACCGUCGGGUGCAAGGCGAGUACAACCGGUACAACGACGCCGACCUGAACUUUAUCGAGACGACCGACUCGAGCCUGUCCGAUUCGAUCGCACUGCCCUCCUCCUCCUCGGAGCAGGAGAGCGAUGCGACCGGCAAGCAGAGGCGCUCCGGCAGUCCGGAAGGUUCGCCGAAGCAGACCAGCUCCUCGUCCGCGGUGACGACGACCAUGACGACGCUCGCCGGGCGCAAGAACCUGCCCCAGCACUACCCGCACCAUCCGGUGCACCAGCACGUGGCCACCAAGCACGGCAGCUCCGGCUCCUCCGCCUCCGGCAAGCGCGCCCGAACCCAUUCGCCCGCCGAGCCCCGGUACCGCAAGUCGGACAUCUGGAGUCGUACCGACCCGCCAGCCUCCAGCCAAGAGCUACCGGAUACGUCGGAGGACAGCGACUCGUACUACUACCACCACCAGCAGCAUUGUCUGUUCCAGCAGCAGCAGCAGCACCAGCAGCACCAGCAGCUGCCGCCGGUGGCUGGAAUUGCUGACCGGCGUUUAACUGUGUCGCUCGAUGGGAUCGUGCUCGAGAGUAGCAUCUCGCCGAUACUAGACUUCCGGGCAUCGACGCCGCCGCGCAUGAAGUAUAAGUUUGAUUACGAUAGUUCUGUGUUUCCAGAUACGUACACCGAACACGACGAUGCAUUACCGACGUCGACCAGAAGCGAAGGCGAGGAUGAUGGGUAUCUAGUGCUGGUACGGUCGGAGGCAGGCCGGCUGGUCGACGACGUGCUGGAGCAGAGCGUAUCGAUCGUCAGCAGCUCGCAGGGCCCGGGCCCGAUGACGAUCGAUCGAGAUCUGCAGCAACCGUCCGAAAGCGAACAGUACGCGAUCCGUAGCGACAUCCUGUCGUCUACCGAUGGCGAUCUGGUCGUCAAGUCGCCCACCAUCGAGUCCAUGUCCGGCAAAUCGUUCGAUGACAAUAUGAGCAAUCCCGAGUACGAUGCGCUGUUGCUCGGUACUGCCGGCUUUGGGGCACCCGCGACCGGCGCCGACGGCGGGCAGCCGAUGAGCCGGGCACUCGGUGCGGACGAUACAGCCGCCGAGGAUGAGGGCAGCGAUGCAAAGCUGACUGCCGAUGGCGCUGGUACGGUCGCCACUGCCACGAAAGACCAGGCGGCCGAGUCCGCCCGGCGGGCGAAGAAAAUCGACCGCAAGUAUGCCCGCCUGUCGGCCGAUCUCGGACCGGAGGCGCUGCUCGAUAAGAACCAAGAGUACGACGAGGCGAUCUCGCAGAUCAAAGACGAAGUGUCGAUGCUGCAGAGCGAAUACUCCAAAAUGAGCUGGGACGAGAGCGUAUCCAUGACCACGGGCGAUUUCGGGUCCAGCACGCCCGACAACGAUCUGCAAGAAACAGAUUUGCAACAACAAACAGAAAAUAACAUACCCCAGACAACAACACCCCGCCUUGUGUCCCAAACAGUAGAGGCUGCUGCCCCGCCCGCUAGCGCUGUCUCUGACGCUUUUGUUAGCGGGCAGUGUGUUGCGAUUGCUGCAACAAGUACUAGCACCGUCACCACCACUGCUGCUAAUCUGCUAACCGACGCUAAUGAUGUUGCCACCGCUGACCAAUGCUUCACUGCUUCCGCUGCCAUUGUCGAAAGGACGGAGCAAAGCGUCCUCUCCACCACUACUAGCACGAUCGGAUCCAUCAGCAACGCGGAACAGUCCUUCUCGAUCGCGUCCACCGAGCCGGACAGGCCGAGCGAAUCUUCCAGCAGUGGCGGCGGCGGCGGCGGCUUCGACGGUCAGCCCGUACCGAAGCCUCGCACCAGCAUAUCCUCCCGCACGGAUACGGCCACCCGGUCCAGCCUGCUGGAGUCGUUCGAGCAUCAGGAUUCGAUCGAGCAGUAUCCCGAACCGGCCCCGGUCCAAUCGGCCGAGCCAGACCUCCGUCUCCGGCAAGGGUCGAUCACGUCCGACGAGCUGUCGAACGUGGCCCAGAAGGACUCGAGCGAGCUGGUCACCAGCGAGGAGGACAUUUCGAGCGGUGCCAAGUUCUUCAUCGGCGAGUGUAGCAGCGAUAUCAUCACCCGGUCCAGCACCGAGAAGCGGUCGGACUUUGCGUUCGACAACGAGGGCUACACGUUCUCGCAGGAGUCGCAGGGUACGGACGAUCAGGAGUCGCGGCGCGAUGCGAUGGAAGCGUACCAGCAGCAGAUCAAGCUGGAGGAUGGCUUUACCCUGGAUUCGCUUAAGGAGCUCGAUAUUGCUGGGUUGCAAUCGUCCGGCAAGCCGCCGGUGGUACAUUCGCCGGUAACAGCACCGGCAACUGUUCAGCCGUUUGCGGAGACCCAGUCCGUGAAGUCUGAGGUGGAUGUGGGCGAAGCAACCAUUCUUGAAUCGACCACCACCGAACAGCAGGAGCAGAAGCAGCAGUACGCGCACAUGACGAUCGACGAGCUGACCAUUGCUAAAACGCUCGAAGAGGUGAAGGAAUCGCUGGACGCCGUGCAGGAAGAGCUAAUCGAGGCGGUCACGGACGGGACGCCGAUCAAGCAGUCGCCGUCGGAGUUUGAGUUUAAGAUACUGCCCUCCACGCGCUACGUGCAGGAUCCGAUCUACGAAACCAACCAGGAGGAAGCGGUCGCCGUGUCGACGGCAACGGCCGCCGCCAUCACCACCACCACCAUCGUGAGCGAGAGUGGGCUGUCCGAUUCGGAGACGCGAUCGCUGGCUGCUGCUGCUUCAGCGCCUCCGAUCAAGAUCGACGAAGCGCCAACGGCCGCCGGUUCGUCCGACAGCUCGCAGCUGGAAGCGUCGCCCCGUUUGCGGCACGGUCCGGCUGCCGCCAAGGGUAACCGUUGGUCGGCAACGGAUGUGGACAGCUCGGGCGAAAGCCACUACCAAAGCUUCGAGCAUACGGACAGCAGCCGGCCGCUGUCGUCGGACCUGGAGCAGGUGCUGCCGUACGCUUCAUCCGAGUACGAAACGGCACUGGAUCACUCGAUGGUGCCGACCUCGCUCGGCACCGAGUAUCACAGUGCGGUCAGCACGCUGCACUCCUACGCGGUCAGCUCGCACGACAGCAUGAAGAGCUUCGACUCGGAAAGCUCGGGCAAUCUGGCCAGCAUCGAAUCGGAGGCGACGGAAACGCUCGUACCGUCCACGAUGGACGUCGACUUUGACUCGUCCGAUGCGGCCCUCAUUCACGACGAUUCCGAGGACGAUCUGCGCGACAAGCUGCUGCUGCUGGACGACAAGGAGGAGCCGUCGUCCGCCGCGUCCAGCAGCGUGCCGAUAGCGAUGAAGCGCUCGCACGAGAUGGACUUUGCCGAGCUGAAGGGUGAGUCCGUGGCCGACGAGAGUCUGCUCCAGUUUGGCGAGCAGCGCAGCCACGGCGUGGAGUCGGUGUCGUCCUCGUUCCAGGAGGAGAAGCUGCUCAGCUCGAGCAUCGGCACGGCACGGGAUUUGGUGGAGGCGAUGCAGGCGACCAGCCUGGAGGACGUGAAGACGGAACCGGCGGACGAUGGCAAGCUGGGCACGAGCCUGGAAGACGGUAGCAUACUGUCGAUCAGCCUGUCCAGUGCGUCCAAUCUGGAAACCAUCAUGGAAAACCUGUCGGACAAGACAACGUCCGCCGGGCCGGUUCCGACGCACGUGGAGAUUGGGCUGGACGCGGUGACGCCUACGACCGCCGGUACGACUGCCGGCUACAUCGGCGACAUUACGCUCACCUCGACCACGCUCAAGGAGGGAGACGUUAACUUCCUCAACACGCAGGCGACCACCGAGAUGAUCGAGGUGAGCGAGUCGGCCGAGCUGAUCGCUGGCCGGGAGGACAGCGAAGAGACGGUGCGCAAGCGGGGCCACAAGCGCACCGAAAGUACCGCCAUCAUUUCCGGCAAGUUUAUGGCGGAAAUGGGCGAGAACCGCGACUCGAUCGAGUCGCAGGACGAGUCACUGUCGCAGGACGCCUCCAAACCACCGACCACCAGCUCGGAGCGGGACGAAACGCGGGAGGAAUCGUCCGACUCCGACUACGACCGGUACGAGAGCGAGUACGCCCGUUCGUUCCGGGCGCCGGUAGCGCAGCCGAAGAAGAAGGACAAAAAGGCGGGCGACGUGUUCGAGAAGGACUUUGAGCUGGAUCGGCGCAACUCGUUCUCGCCGUCCCAGUCGGUGAUCGAAACGAUCGUCGAGGAUGUGCACGCCGAGAUCGAGCAGGGUGACGAGGCGCAGCAGAUUAUGGUGAGCAAGAGCCAGCGGCUGCAGGAGUACCGCGAGUCGUCCACGCACAACAUACCGGACAUUCACGUGACGGAAGACUUUGCCGAGCAGCAGCAGCAGUCAUUGGAUGGCGAGGAUGAAGCGAAACGAGAAGCGACAGUCUUCUCCGAGACGGUUAGCGUAGUGGAGACUGUGACCAAGACGCAAGCCGACGCAACGGUGUCGUCCUCAGCGACCACCGUAAGGAAAGUUACGACCGAGACUGCGUCCACGUCCGCCGGCAUGACGAUGGCAAAGCAGACGGGCAUCCAGUACGCCAAGCAGGAGGAAUUUCAACUCACCGAGGAACAGUACCAGGAGCUGAUCGAGCAGAAGUACAAGGCAAAGCUAGCCGACUCGACCACCAAGUACGCGUUCGAUGCGGACGAUAAGGACGAUUCGGCCGGCUCGGACUCGUUCGAGAUGCUGGAGCAGCCGGACAUUUCGGACGAGUUCGUGAUCGUGGAGGAGGUCGCCCGGGAGGCGCACGAGUUCGACGCGGAGGGUAAAAGUGUCGCCAUCAAGCCCACCAAGAUCGAGAAAAAGCACGACGAGGACGUGGAGAAGAUACUGGUCAAGUCGGCACCGGCCCACACGAACGCCGGCUCGCUGUACGCGGCUAACAUGCGCGACGACAUGAUGUACGAGUUCGAGGAAAGCCCACCGACCGGUGGUACCGAGGGCGUCGACGGAGGUGCCGGCGUCACGAUGGACCUGCUCAACAACGGGUACCCGCUGGAGGAGAGCAAGCGGUGGGUGGAGAUGCAGCUGGCAGAAACGCAAAACUUCCGCUACCCGUACGAGGACCGGCUGGAGGACAUCAAGGAGGAGGACACCGACUUCGAGGUGGGCAGCAGCCGCAUCGGCUCGAUCAAGGACUCGUUCUCCAGCACGCCCGACUACGAUCUGCUGGCGAAGCGGAUGGCGUCCCGCGAGCACGAUGACAUUUCCAUGAGCAGCCUGCAGGAGUUUGAGAAUCUCGAGCACGUGAUCUCGCUGGAAAACCGCAAGAUGCAGCAGGGCUCGCAGGACUCGCUCAGCAACGGUAGCUUCACGCGCCGGUUCAUGCAGCGCGGCAUGCACGGGGACGACAUCAGUCUGUCCAGUCUGAAGGAGUUCGAGGGGCUGGAGAACGCCUGUCUGGAGGCGCAUCUGAUCGAGAUAAAGGCAAAGGAGGAGGCCGCCCUGCUGCUGUCGCGCUCGGACGAAUCGAACAAGUCGAACGGGUCGAACGGUGCCAAACGAAGUCCACCGUCGAACGGGGCCGCUGCGGUCGGUUCGCGCCAGCAGUCUACAGAGGGUGCGGCAGCGACCAAAAUCAUCAGCAGCAGCACUUCCAUCACCACUACGGUAGUUGGUGGAGCCGUCGGGUCGAGUGUACCCAGUGGGGAAAUGACGAAGGUGGAAAGGAAGAUCACGACGGCAAGCGGCAGUGGUCGCGAAGGGUCUUCAACGACGACUGUCACGACGAUUACACACGUGGAGGGUCAGACACGGCAGGGCUUUGACGAGGAGGACUCCACCUCGCACCACAUUCUGACCGUGUCCAGCGACAGUCUGGACGGUACGCGUGUGAAGCAACCGCUGGCCAGUGGUAGGGAUGCAAUGCCGUCGGCACACUCGAGCAGCGACAGCCUGGACAUGCACAGCAAGAACAAUGUGGACCCGAUGACGAGCAGCAUCGAUUCGAUCGAGUUCUCCAAGACGGGCAUUGCGACGACGCGCUCCUCGCAGUCCGAUUCGAUCGAGCAGAUGGCACAGCAGCAGCAGCAGCCCAACCGCAGCGACAGUACCGACUCGAUCGAGGCCCAGCAGCAGCUCCAACAGCAGCAGAAGCUCCAGCACCAUCAGACGUACCAUCAGACCACCACGCAGCAGACGCUGAGCGACACGAAGCGAGACUCGCUGGAAUCACUGGCCGCCAGCAGCAGCGACAAUCAGAGCGGACUCAGCAGUCCCACCAAGUCUGCCCACGGCUCUCGACCACUGUCCGACAGUGGAGUUGGAGCAAGCGGUACAACCGCUCAUCAUCAGCAGCAGCAGCAGCAGCAGUUCCACCACCAAACAACGACGAUGUCCACGCACACGGUCAGCACCGGUGGGCGUACGAUGCAGAAGGACAUAUCGGCCGACUCACUGCCCGGACCGGACGCAGCAUUCCUCACCAGCACCGAAAGCCUCGAAACGAGCUCAACGGCCACGAACGCCACCUACCAGAACGAAACGGACUCGCAGAUGUCGUCCAGCGUGACGAGCUGCGACUCCAUCACGAUGGUCGACACGGUAGGGCCUUCGCAAUCGCUCGAACACUGGGACAGCUCGUUUACGGCUGGCGUUCAUGGUGGUGGGUUCGGUGCCAGCUCCCACAUGACCAGCUCCUCGAUGAGUGCCUACUCCUCCGGUGUAGUUGGCAGCAGCGGUGGCACCACAAUCCAGCAGCAGCAGCAGCAACACGCAUUCCGUACUUCGCAUGCGGAAGCAUCAUCCUCCAUCCGCAUGUCGUCGUCGACGUCGUCAUCGUCCACGGUGACGAUGGUGGCGAGCUCGGCGUCGUCAACGAGUGUUCGCACGGCGCAACAGCAGCUGAUGGGGGAAAGUGAACUAUUAAGUAGAGAACUGUUUCCAGGAGAAAUAGCUUUCGACGAUGUAAAGGAAACCAGCAAGGAACGGAUGCAAAGUAAAUCAACCGAAAAGGAAGAAUAAAUGUUGACGCCAACAAAAAAAGAAAACAUGUGCUGAACAUCGUUGGAGCAUAAACGGUCGACAAGCGAGUUGAUGGUGGCACCGCAGCAAGACAGAGCCGCAUAGUGGGUUGUGCCGCAAGCAGUGUGGAUUUCCCGCCAUUUUACCACAUUCUUCUCUACUCUACUUCUCUACGUACAGCCAAACCUUUUCAAACCCUUUAAACUUACAAACGCGCGUUAAAUCUAAAUUAAAACACAUCCGUUGGGGAAUGGAGAAUGGGAAGAAAGUUCUUCCACGUCGAUUGCUGUAGCUAUCGGUAGCCUUUUAACACAUGACGAUGAUCAACACACAGAAAAGGAAGGAUCGCAGACGAAACGGGGGUGUUUUUUUUAAAGGAAGAAUUACGUAGCAAAAAGGGGGGGAAAACAACCAAAGAAGCGUAGCUCAGUUCGAAACAUAUUCAGUUCCGCAUUCAAUGAACUAAACUCUAAGCAAGUAAGUUCUCUCCUUCACGCACUAUAUUCUAAACGAUUGCAUUCCAAGAAAAUGCUUUACACAAAACGAUGAUGACCAUUGACCGAUAAUGAGAAUAAACGCGAUGUAGGGCAAAUAGGAUGCAAAUCUGAGCGAUGACCGAGCGAUGAUCACGCGCGGCAAUGUGUAUAGUGUGUAAUGUGAGCUUUAUUGUAGCAUUGUUAGCUUCCUACUUUUGCGUCUACGCAAGCGCCGCUUAUUUAUUAUCGUGCAUUGAUGCCGCAAAAUCCAAAACCAACCCUAAGUCAACUAAUCCGCGUCGACGGUGUGACUUGAAUGCUAAGCUUCAAGCGUCUUUUAAGUCGACUACUUGUGUGAGCAGCUUCUCCUUUGUGUGCAGCUUCUAUUUCAAGGCGAAUCUGUAUGUGUGUGGGGGUUUGUAGGGUGCGAGGUGUGUUCAUGCUUACGUUUGCUUUCGUACUACCGCUUAGGACUGACGAAUAAGGAAAAUAACACAAGUUGAUAAAAUGAAUAAAAAAACACACACACACACAGGAGAACAAGAUUCAAAGACCCAAUAGAGAGGGCUCGUGCGGCCGGAUAGCUUUUAGUGCUGGGCAAUAUUGUAGCAACAGGGGCCCCAGACAGUCAGCGAUAGAGGUGUUAGAGGCGGUAGAAACGAUCGAAAAAAAACGACGAAAGGAGGAAGUAUAUUUGAGAAUCUUUUUUUAAACAAACAAACCAAACGAUAUUGCUAAAGAACAGAAGAAAAAAAAACAGAACACUGUUGCAAGUAAUAGCAUGUUAUAGCUAAAAUAUACAUUUACUGAUCAAAUCAAACGUAUAAAAACAAAACAACCUUAUAUAUACACACUACAGAGCGGGCUUGCUUCAAAAUAAGAGAGAAGAUGAAAAAGAAAACUCCCUUUCCGAAAGACUAGAAAGGAAAAUCACCAAAACCGAUGGAAAAAGAAGCUGCAUUGAAUCGACGAAAGCACGACGAAGCGAAGUGAUUAGUACAGCAGCAGAACAAGAAAAAGGAUAUUUUACCGAACGGGCAAGCCCGCUUGCAUAAUAAUACAAUUUGAAGACAAGAACAGAAUAGAGUUAAAAGAAAAAUAAGAAAACAAAACAAAAAAAAACAACAGCAAAAAAGAGGAGGCAAAUAAAACGAACAAAAUGAUAAAAUUCGUAGAAAAGGGCGGGAGAAAACGGUGAAGGAGAUAUCGGAAAGGGGGAGAAAAACUCACAUAAAUCGCUACCACGUGCUACCAAAACUAAUUAAACAAACAAAACAUAUUAUUAAUACAAAAACCAAAAACAAAACCCAAACACAGCAUACUUACAUGGAUGUACUAUUUGCAAACAACAACCAAAAAAAAAAAAACUAUGAAGAAUAAAAGUGCUUAUGACAAACAUA